GACUUAGUAAGGACACUUAGUACCUGGUGUUGUACCGCCGGGCCUGGCACGUGCUUUCGCGCCGCCUGCCCCGCGUCUUUCCGUCUUGGACGCGCAGCUGAGGCAAAGGAAGGCUCCAGGCAGCUGUGCUCGCUUUUGACAUCGGGUUUUGACUCUGUUGUUGACCAUCGGCUGGUUUUAUUAGCUGGGGGUCACUCCUACUGUGGUUUCUAUCAUGUGAGGACAACUUCCGCCAUCUUCUGAUGUCGUAUGACUGACGUUUCCAGGUCUAAGAUUGAUAAACUCUCUAUUCUUGGUGUCCGUUCGUUCGAUAAUACCCGAAGCGAGACCAUCCAAUUUAACACUCCUUUGACGCUGAUUGUCGGAUAUAAUGGAUCGGGAAAGACAACCAUCAUCGAAUGCCUCAAAUAUGCCACAACCGGUGAUCUUCCGCCCAACAGCAAGGGUGGAGCAUUCAUCCAUGACCCUAAGCUUUGUGGAGAGAAAGAGGUUCUGGCUCAGGUGAAGCUGUCAUUCAAGAGCACUUCCGGUGCAAAGAUGGUCGCUACUCGAAGCCUACAACUUACAGUCAAGAAAACAACGCGGCAACAGAAGAGCUUGGAAGGACAACUGCUGAUGGUAAAGGAUGGCGAGAGAACAGCAAUCUCGUCUCGCGUGGCGGAGCUAGAUCAGAUCAUGCCUCAGUAUCUGGGCGUCUCGCGAGCAGUCCUCGACUCGGUCAUCUUCUGCCAUCAGGAUGAAAGUCUGUGGCCCAUGAGCGAACCGUCAGUACUGAAAAAGAGGUUUGAUGAGAUCUUUGAGGCUAUGAAGUACACAAAAGCUAUCGACAAUAUUAAGGCACUGAGAAAGAAACAGAAUGAGGAGCUUGCCAAAUUCAAGAUCAUGGAGCAACAUUCGAAGGAGGACAAGGCCAAGGCUGAUCGGGCCGAGAAGAGAUCGAUCAAGCUGCAGGAAGAAAUCGAAGCCUUACGGACCGAAACCCAUCAGCUCUCCCAGGAAAUGAGACGAGUUGCAGAGCUGGCUGACAAGGCUUGGAAAGAAUCCGAGAGUUAUUCACAAGUUCUCGGCGCCCUCGAGGGCAAGCGCAUAGAGGCUAAGAGUGUUCAAACCACCAUUGAUAAUCUGAAGAGGCACCUGGUCGAGUUAGACAACUCCGAUGAGUGGCUGGAAUCCACAUUGGAACAGUUUGAGUCUCGCCAGGCCCAGUUUCAACAGCAGGAAGAAUCCCAGAAAGAACGCUACAUGGAGAUCCGAGAUCAGAUUGAGGUGGCCCGACAAAGUCUUGGCUUGAAACAGGCAGAGCUUGGGAAGUAUGAGAAUGAUAAAGCCCAUUUUGAGCGACAAGUCGAAAGACGGAAAGUCAUGGUUAAAGACAUCGCGCGAAGCAACAACAUCCGUGGUUUCGAGGACAACUUUGACCAGGCUGGCAUCGAUGAAUUCAUGCGGAAAAUUCGCUGGCUCCUCACGGACCAGAACCAGGCUCUGGACCGAGCGCGAAAGGCCGCUCAGUCUGAGCUGCGUGAAAUACAAGGAACUCUGAAUGAAAUCGGACAACGCAAAUCGGCGCUGCAGGAGGGUAAGAGCCUGGCAAAGAGAGAAAUGGCCAAGAACGAUAGAGAGGCAUCAGCGUAUCAAAGCAAGCUGAAUGAGAUUAGCGUUGAUGAAGGUGUUGAGUCUGCUCUUGAAUCGAACAUCGAAGAUAUCCAGUCGCGCUUAAGUCAAGCUAAGGAUCGUGCUCACGCCGCAUGUUGGGACAAAGAAAUUCAAGAUAUUAAUAGCCAGAUCCGAGAUCUUGAGGAUAAUAGCACAGAGCUGAAUACUGAACUUAUCGAGUCAACGAAGAAAGCUGGUGAUUUGGCGCGCUUGGAUCACCUCAAAAAGGAACUCAAGGAUCGUGAACGCAGUCUAGAAACGAUGUCGGGAGCACAUGGAGAGCGGAUAUCAAAGCUAAUCCGCUCUGACUGGCGGCCAGCAACUUUAGAGCAAGAGUUUCAGCAGGUUCUUGAUGAUGAGUCUAGGCAGGUUACCAAAGCUGAACGAGAGCGAGAUGCCAUUUCCCGAGAUCUGGAGCAUGUGGAAGUCAGACUCAAAAACAUCAAGAACAAUCUAAAACAGCGGGAAAAGGAACUCGUCGACUGCAAGAACGAAAUUAGAGACGCAGUUGAAGAUGAACCUUCGCAAUACCUUGAGAUUGUUAAGCAGAGGCAAAUACAACUUGACAUGGCCAAGAAGGAUGCUGAUAUUUAUGCGGGAAUGGGCGAAUAUCUAAGCAGGUGUCUCGAAGCAGCGAACCAGAGCAAAGUUUGCAGAACGUGCGCGCGGCCCUUCAGGACGGAGUCAGAAUUUCAAACAUUCAAGAACAAGCUGGAAGGUUUAGUAAAGAAGGCUGCCAACGAUGCGCAAGAUGAAACACUACAACAACUUGGAGAGGAUCUCGAGGAUGCUCGAGCAGCAAGCACCGCGUACGAUACUUGGGUCCGCUUGUCAGAGACAGAUAUCCCGGCUUUGGAAGAAGAAGAACAGCAGUGUGAAGCUCACCGGGAUGAUCUUUUGAGCCAGCUUGAAAACCACGAUAAUGUUGUCAACGAGAGAACAGAAAAAAAGAGGGAUGUUGAGAGUCUCUCAAGAACAGUCAAUACCAUUGUGCGUUAUGACAUGGAUAUUAAGACUAUCAAAUCUCAGAUCGAUGAGUUGGUUUCAAAGCAGCAAGAUGCCACAUCUAUUCGCACACUAGAAGAUAUCCAAGACGAAAUUUCUGGUAUCGGCGAGAAAAUCCGGACUCUAAAGAGGAACCUCUCAAAGGUCACAAGUGAUAAGGAAGAAACGCGCACUGAAAUCAACAAACUCGAGCUGCAGUUAAGAGAUGUCAGAAGUUCUCUUGAAAAUACUCGGUUUCAGUUGGAAAAGAAGGCCAGCCUACUCGCUCGCAUCGAAGAAUACCGCAAUCUCAAUCUUCAACAACGCGAAAGCAUUGAGAAAGCAGAGAAAGACAUUGAAGGUCUUACUCCCGAGCUUCUCAAAGCCCAAGCUCAGUAUGAUGACAUCAGUCACCGGGCUGAAACACGAGAGAGGGGACUGCUGCAUGAGAUAACCAAUUUAACGGACAAUCUGCAUCAACUAGAUCUUGCCAAUGCUGAUAUUAACUCGUACAUCGAACGGGGUGGUCCGAGUCAGCUAGAAAAGGUUCAGCAUGACCUCCAGGUCAUCGAAGAUGAGAUUGGUGAGCUCGAGACGGAGCAAGGCGAGAUCACACGCGAGAUCAACAAAAUUUCUACUCAACUCAAAGAUAGCGAGAAUACAAAGCGGCAGUAUUCUGAUAAUUUGACAUAUCGCCAGGCAACUCGAACGCUUGACAAGGUUCUGGGAGAAAUCGAAGAGCUUGAGACACAAAAUGCUGAAGUUGACCGCAGCCGUUUCAAGGAGGAAUCGGAACGGCGCACUCGAGAGCACAACGCACUCGCGGCAAAACAAUCAAGCAAGAUGGGCGAAAUGAAGUCGAAAGACGACCAGCUCAUGCAACUUCUAGCAGACUGGAAUACCGAUUACAAAGAUGCAGCGUCCAAUUACAAGGAGUCGCACAUCAAGGUUGAAACGACCAAGGCUGCAGUGGAGGACCUCGCUCGAUAUGGAGGAGCACUUGACAAAGCCAUCAUGAAAUACCACGGUCUGAAGAUGGAGGAAAUCAAUGCUAUCAUUGGCGAACUCUGGCAAAAGACAUAUCGAGGCACAGACGUGGAUACGAUCCUCAUCCGAUCUGAUAACGAGAACGCCAAGGGAAACAGGUCGUACAACUACCGCGUCUGCAUGGUGAAGCAGGGGGCGGAAAUGGACAUGCGUGGAAGAUGCAGUGCAGGCCAGAAGGUCCUCGCCAGUAUCAUUAUUCGCCUGGCUCUCGCAGAAUGCUUCGGCGUUAACUGUGGGUUGAUCGCACUCGACGAACCGACCACAAACCUUGACCGCGAUAACAUCCGCUCGCUCGCCGAGGCGCUGCAUGAUAUCAUCCGGGCUCGGCAGCAGCAAGCGAAUUUCCAGCUCAUUGUCAUUACGCACGAUGAAGAGUUCUUGCGCCAUAUGCAGUGUGGUGACUUUAGCGACUAUUACUACAGAGUCUCGCGGAAUGAGAGACAAAAGUCAAUCAUUGAGAGGCAGUCGAUUGCAGAAGUGAUGUGAUGUGGUUUGAACUUGCUUCAUACCUACCUAACUAUAGGUACUAACUUCAAUUGUCAAUUUACUGAUUAGCGCUCUUCCAAAAUUAUUAGCAACUGCUGAGGGCUUAUGGAUAUUUGUUAAUUACUGGCAGGUUGCAAGUAGAUGCUACGGCCU